CUUGCCGGACGGAGGAUGAGCCCGUCCGCGCGGAAGAGGAGGAGCCGGGGAGGGGCGUCCGUGUUUGCCUUCCUCUCCCACAGCUCGGCCUCUCUACAAUUGCGAACUGCCGCGGCCGUUCGGGAAGCGCGGAAAAGACCGCGGGGAAGGAAGCUCCGCGGAGCCGCGGCCUCGAGUGGCGAAGCUCGCUGGUGGACGACGGCGAACCGGGGAGGACGUCGCUUAGAAAUUAAAAUGGCUUCGUGGGUCAAGGUAACCACAGAUCAAGCACCUGCGCCUGUUGCAGAAAAGAGACAAAGACCCGGGUGGAUUCCACGACUUCUGGAUAUAAAUCCCUACAAAACUGUUCAGAAGAGCUCUUACCCUCCUCCAGACGGGUAUUCAAAGGACUAUGAAGAUAUUAACAGCUUUGAAGAACUCUUUGGACAGCAGUAUCACCCAUCAACAGGGAAUGAAGACAAGUACGAGAGAUAUCAGUAUUCCCAAAAAGAUGAUGACUUCGCCAAGGAUAUUCAUCGGGAAAAGCUGUACCUGCAGUUCUACCAACAGAUAGAAAAGGAGUUUGAUAAAGACAGACCUUCAGACUGUGUCAUUGUUUCCAUCAGCAAGGAUCAAGCGGAAUACUCAACAGCCAUAGGCCAUCGGUUGCAGGAUCAUGGCCUUGUGGUGGAAAUGAUAUACCUUACAUCUGAAUCAGGUCUCACACGUGCCCUCCAAGAAGUUAAAAAUGAUGGUUCCCCAUUUUGCGUUCUUGUUGAGCCAUCCAAUGUAGCACUUUGCUCUUGCACCGUAAUCAUGCUUCAUCAGUCUAUCAAAAUACACCGUAAUAUGCCCAUGGAGGAUGCAUUGGCUCUGAUAGCUAAAGAGUUUGAGAAAAUUUUUGUGGAGCGCGAACAACAGGAACGCACAGAGAUCUCACACAAAGCAGCUGAUCUGGCGGAUGACUACCUAGAACGGGAGCUCUUUGAGCGUUACCAUGUGCCGCUAGGCAUUAGACACCUCCUCUUUCUGAUAAGUGAGGGCAAACAUUUAUUUCUGGAAGAAUUGAAUGCAAUAAGUGACUACCUGAAGACCAGGAGAAAUAAGCUUGAAGGCUUCGUUCCAGAAACCAUUCCUUUAGUACCUGCCGUCGAAGAUGCCGUCUUCCCACCAAGUGCCAGGCCCAGCACUAGCGCCCUCCCGCCUACUCUGAGUAAACCUCCACCUCUUCUUCCAACGCCUGGCCGGAAUUCGGUGAUGGGCCAGUCUGCCGUCGUACCUCCAGCUAAGUCUGCUUUGUUGGGUGAGAGGCCAUUGGGGGGUCUUCUUCCAACACCAGGUCCUAAAGGGAAGCCACCACCUCUUCUAACACAGUCUGCUAAGAGACCAGUUGUCUUGGGUCCUUCGUCACACCUGCCUGCAAAGCGGCCCCUGCUUGGGAGACCUGGUCUGCUGCCCACACCAGCUCAGGCAAGAUCACCGCAGCACCACUGGGUACCCAAGCCGAAGUUCCUGGCUUGACCGGACAUCCAGAUUAAUAAUGCAAUAAAUGGCAAACUUCAAUGGAGACUACCCUCUUCCAAGGCAGCAGAGCUUGACUAAAUUUGUCGUAUUAGUACACCUGGCAAGUUUAAAAACAUUGUUUUCUGUUGUACACAUUCCUCUGAACUCCGUGUCUCUCUUCCCCCCCCCCCUUUUCUGAAGUGGAAGAGUGAAAAUAGAUGUUUGUGAAAACGUCGACUAUUGUAGAUGCCCCGAUACUAAUGUUUCAAAUUGAUAUCAUCCCCAAAUAAAUGGUUUGUUUACA